AUGGACAUUGAAGAGCAAAUCGAGAAGGCUGAGAAAUUGGAGUCUCCCUCGCUUGUGGGCUCCUCCAUAAGAUCGGCCGACGAUCUGGCCCACCAGAACUAUAUCCACCCCGAAAAGUACAAGGGCCGCUCCAAAAGCAAGCCCAAAAAGCACUCGAUCUUGGACUCGUCCAUUGGCGCGUCCUUGGAUGAUUUGAUCAGCGAAGGGGCGCUUUUGGGCUCAGAAGAAGACUUCGAUCGCUUCUUGGACGACACUGGUCACGUCAAAUCUGAUGCGAGGUACAAUCCAGUAGAGGAGGAGGAGAAAGAGAAGGUCCAGAAGAGCACGUUGUCGAAGACUGAGCAAUCGAGAAAAGACGUUUUGGAGCCUCAAUUGAAGGAGGCGAGCCCUGGGGUGCCUGAAAGCGUGCCCAUCUCAGCAACUACUACUGUGGACGAGACGGUGGACAAAAAGACUGAUCCAAAAAUCAGCUCUCUUUACGAAACGGAAAACUACUCUGCGCCAAACUUGUCUGAGUACCAGCUUGAGCACCAGAUCUCCGAUCACUCUGACUUGUUGGAUUCGGUCAAGUCGUACGAUCUCAAUAAGUUGCCCUCUUCCUCAGAUAGGGAACGGUCCAAGACAAACGACUUGAGCGACUCUCCCGCCCGUGUGCCUAUUCAUGCUGGUGCUUCGCCUGCAAGAAAAGCACCUGCUGCGGUGAGGCAUUUGGAUUUUGGCGAGAAUGCUAACGUGAGACUGUCGGACUCUUUACAUACUCCAUAUUUCCCCACUUAUGAGCGGUCUCCUAGCAGAUCAAGAUCCAACUUCAGAGAAAGGUCUUCCGAGAGAAGUGCCAGAUCCAGGUCGACUUCAACCGCUCACCCUCACUUGGCUCGUGGCGAUACUUAUAAGAGUACUCAUCCGGAAACUCCUCUUAAGUACGAGCAUCCUGCUGACUUUGAUUUGGGCGAGGAGGAUGAGGAAGACGACAGAGCUACAAGACAGACAAAACCCACCAUGGGAGAGUCAAUUGCCGCUGCCGAGGCUAGCAGCAAUCAGCAGAGCCUCAAAGAGUUCCAUGGUGAGGAGGGUAUCACGAGAGAUCCAUCUUUGGUGACAACUGGUGACUACACGAAUUUCAACGUAGACACUAGAAGAGAUGAGUAUUCGUUGUAUUCCGGUCGCUCUCAGUCAUCUUACAAUUAUUUGAGGAGUAUUUCAAGAUCUCGCUCAAGGCAACCCAAGAGAGAACCCGUUCAUGACGAGAAGAAUGAUGCAAAUCCAGAGGAACUUGCUCAUGAGGGCGCAUUGAUCAGCGAUGAUCCGUACGAUCAGGUGGAGGACUUUGACAAUGUUAUGAAGAAUGUUGUCAGCCCUGCCAAAGACCAGAAUGCUUCUCGCUUGGCAGAUGCAGCGAAAUCACAGAAGCAGGAAACUAAGCCUCGAAGCGAUCCAGCAGAUGUUCAUGUAACCGAUGUUUCUGCUGAGGAAAAGGAUGCAGAGACAAAGGAGCAGCUUUUGGCAGAAUCUGCUCCUACUGUUUCCGCUAAAGACAUUCAUGUUGAUUCAUCUGAAGUCGACAACAAGACGCAUCAUGAAUUCACGAGCGAUACUCAACAUGAGGCGCAGGAAAAGGAGCCAGAGCUUGCAAAGAUUGACGAGGAUGCGGAAGAGAAGGAGAAAGAAGCUAAAGAGCAACUUAUUGCCGAAGAAGCCCCUACGGUAACAGCCUCUGACAUCAAAGUAAGCGCAGACGACGAUGCACCGGAAAGAGAGAGAUCUGCGGUUCCUGAAGAGGAGACUGAACUGGCCGCCGAUGGUGAUGACUCGAAGAGAACUAAGCAGGCAGAUUCGACAGAGACUGAGCCUUCUUCGAAAGUAGCGCUGGAGAAGGACUCUGAGCCUGAGAUGGCUGGCCCAUCGCAUUCGAGGGAGGUAUCUGAAGUCGACGAAGCAGAUCCUAAUGAUCACAAGAAUGACGACUCUGAGAUCGUAGGUGAGAAGGAAGAGAAAUCAAAUCUCAUCUCUGAGACUGCGGCUAAUGUUUCGGAACACGAGCAGGCAAGGGAUAUCAAGGAUGAGGAGCUUUCAAGCAAUAAGGUGAGAAGAGAUAGUCUUAUAGCUGAAGGUGGAGAGAUCGAAAACAUAUCCGAGGUAUCCGAGAAGACCACCGCUCAUUCAGUAGACCAAGAAGACAAGGAGGUUGAGCAUAAGGUGGAGUCGCCCGUUUCAAAGAUGAUACAAUCUGAUGACCACGGUGCCAAGGUUCCUGAAAUUGAUUUUAAAAAGGAAAAGAAUAAAGCAGCACCAGAAAUUGAAACAGCAAUUGAGCAACCUACACUUUUAGGGGAAACCGCCAACGACGACAAAGAACUCGAAGCUGAGAACGUUGAGGCUGCUGAAGCUAAUAGAGACGAAGACGUCACUGGAAUUGUAAAUGAAAUCGAUAAGGCUGAGACUGAUGCGGGCAACAAGGAAGACGACGAUAAAGAAGACGACGACAAGGAAGACGACGACAAGAAGGACGAGAGGGAGGUCAAGGAUUUCGAAGCACCUUCGAAGGCUGAGGAAAAUGAGAUCUCCAUGUCCCAUGAGGACACAGAGAUUAAAGAAGUAGGUUCGAAGGACACCUCUGGCCAAACCGAGGAACACGUCUCAGUCAAAGAUACGCCUGAAAAGGACGAAGAAGUCGUCGAAGUCAAGAAUGAGACUGUCCCAUCCGAGGAGCUGCAAGCUAAAGCCACGAAUGUACUUGCACAUGACGAUGAAACACAGGAAGUCAACAAGAGCACGUCGGAGGACACAGUUGAGCAAUCAGUGGAAGACCCAGAUAAGUCCGAAACGCCAUCAGGAUCCACAGAGGCUACAGAACAGGCUCCGCAGGAGAAAGAGAUAGCUCCGAAUGAGACCAAAUCAAGCGAAACCAGUACGCCAAAAAGCGCCAAUAAAGGAUGGUUUGGCUCGAUUACUGCUGGGAUCGGGGCUGUUGUUGGCGGUGCUGGAGCUACAACGGCUGCUGCGUCCAGCGAGAACAAGGACGACGAGUUCGAUGUGUCACCUGAAGAAUUGCGUAAACAUCUUCAGUCGUUGCCGGUUUACAUCUUCACAUCGCUUGCGGGAGGAAUGCAAAUCAUGCAGAGAACAAACCGUCUCACGACAAUUUUGCAAGCCAAUGGUGUCAAGUUCGAGUACCGUGAUUUAGGCACUGAUGAAGAAGCUAAAAAGCUCUGGAGAAGGUACUCUCAGGGAAAGACGCUUCCCGGUGUCGUUAGAGGCGAUGACUAUAUCGGGAAUUGGCAAGAAGUUGAGGAGCUCAAUGAGGAGUAUAUACUAACCAAGAGGCUUUGGGAAGAGCUCUAA